AUGUUUUUGUGUUUAAGAAUAAAUAUUGUAUGGAUUUUGGUGGGUGUUGUUAUAUAUAGUACGGGGUUAUUUGGCGUUCUCCACGAAUACAAGCCAUUUCGGAAGAGAUAUUCAAACGGUACAUUAUCUGAGGAAGUGCAAAUUACCUUUAAAGUGAAUACAAAUGAAACCACAGAUAGAAAUAUCAAAAAACCAGUAAAUAUAGACCCAUGUACCACUUUCACCCCGGUAAAACCACGGUUCUCAAUCAAUGGUGCCAGAAUCAGUGAUUUAAAAUGCGCAGAAUUCAUGGUAGAUUUGGUUAAUCGUGAAACGAUUAGGGACCGAGAAGAAAGAUGCAUGAUAAAGCGAGGUCAGAAACCUUCCGAAGUACCCACUCGAGUAAUAAUAAGCAAGUAUUCAACCAAGCAGGGUGAUUAUCCACACAUGGCAGCAAUUGGGUGGAAAAUAAAAGAGAUGAACCAAUGGGCAUUCCUCUGUGGAGGCUCUUUGAUUAGCCCUAGUUUUAUAUUAACUGCUGCGCAUUGCUCUAAAGCUAUCAACAGGGAACUGGAGAGUCCAGGACCAGACAUUGUUAGACUGGGUGCAAGGGAUGUAGAGAAUUCAAAAUUCGAAUUACCCGUGGAUAUAAAUAUCAAGGAAUUUAUUACAAACCCGUAUUGGAAGUCUCCUGUGAAAUAUUUUGAUAUAGCACUAGUACAGCUUGUUGCUGAAGUGGAAUUCUCUAAACUCAUCCAACCUGCCUGUCUUGAAGGAAAAUACUUUACGUCGCGGCAUCAAGUUACCGUUUCCGGUUGGGGUAUUACGAACGAACAGUCCUCAAAACCAUCAUCAGAAGUACAGGCAGGCAAUGUGGACAUAAUAGAAUCAAAGUACUGUGAUUUCCUACUGCUGGUGUAUCGGGACAGGAACUGGGGUGGUCUGAUGGACAACCAGAUGUGUGCAGGAAAUAUUAAUGGAGGAGUCGAUACAUGCCAAGGAGAUUCGGGCGGACCCCUACAAGUAAAGAUAAAAGAUACUAAAUACGAAGGAUCGAUGCAUAUGAUUAUUGGUGUGACGUCAUUUGGGCAUAAGUGUGGAAGGAAGGACCUGCCUGGAGUAUAUUCAAAAAUCUCUCCGUUUCUUGAUUGGAUUGAAAGUGUUGUGUGGCCAAAAUUGUAA